CGGCGGGGGGCGGGGGCGGGAUGCGGCUGCUCGGGGCCGCGCCGGCUCCUCGCCCAGCUCCGCAACGCCGCCGCCGCCGCCGGGGAUGAGGCACGGGAGGAGGUGAAGAUGUCCGGCUCCAUCGCCUCGUACGACCAGCUGGUGCGGCAGGUGGAGGCGCUGAAGAAGGAGAACAGCCACCUCCGGCGGGAGCUGGAGGACAACUCCAACCACCUCUCCAAGCUGGAGAAUGAGACCUCUGACAUGAAGGAGGUCCUGAAGCACCUCCAGGGCAAGCUGGAGCAGGAGGCGCGGGUCAUGGUGUCCUCGGGGCGGACGGAGGUCCUGGACCAGCUCAAAGCCCUGCAGAUGGACAUCACCAGCCUCUACAACUUCAAGUUCCCCCCGGAGGUGGCCGGAGCCGGGCGCAGCACUGAGGACAACCCACCGCCACCCGCGCCCCACCGGGACAAUGCCGGGGACCUGGGCAGAGCCACCCUCCGGCUGCUGGAGGAGCUCGACCGGGAGAGGUGCUUUCUGCUGGGUGAGAUCGAGAAGGAGGAGAAGGAGAAGGUGUGGUACUAUGCCCAGCUGCAGAGCCUGGCCACGCGCCUGGACGAGCUGCCGCAUGUGGAGACGUUCUCCAUGCAGAUGGAUCUCAUCCGGCAGCAGCUGGAGUUCGAGGCCCAGCACAUCCGCUCACUGAUGGAGGAGCGCUUCGGGACAGCCGACGAGAUGGUGCAGCGGGCGCAGAUCCGGGCAUCCCGGCUGGAGCAGAUUGACAAAGAGCUCAUGGAGGCACAGGACAAGGUGCAGCAGCCGGAGCCGCAGCUCUGCGGGAAGGUGCCAGGCAUGGAGGGGGAUGGCAGCCUGGACCCCCCCACCCACCCCGAAGAGGGGGGCAGCAGCCUGGGCAGCAGCAAGGUGGAGGUGGUAUUCUGGCUCCUGUCCAUGCUGGCCACACGGGACAAGGACGACAUGUCCCGCACGCUGCUGGCCAUGUCCAGCUCGCAGGAGAGCUGCCUGGCCAUGCGCAAGUCGGGCUGCCUGCCCCUGCUCAUCCAGAUCCUGCACGACUCGGACGGCGAGCCGGGCCCCCCUGAGAGCCCUGCUGGCGCCAAGGACGCCCGCAUGCGUGCCAACGCCGCCCUCCACAACAUCGUCUUCUCCCAGCCCGACGAGGGCCAAGCCAAGAAGGAGAUGCGGGUGCUGCACGUGCUGGAGCAGAUCCGCUCCUACUCGGAGACCUGCUGGGACUGGCUGCAGAUGCAGAGCAGGGACGGGGGCAGAGGCACCGAGGGCGGUGCGGUGCCGGUGCCCAUCGAGCCCCAGAUCUGCCAGGCCACCUGCGCCAUCAUGAAGCUCUCCUUCGACGAGGAAUACAGGCGGGCCAUGAAUGAGCUGGGCGGGCUGCAGGCGGUGGCCGAGCUGCUGCAGGUGGACUACGAGAUGCACAAGAUGACGAGUGACCCCCUGAACCUGGCGCUGCGCCGCUAUGCUGGGAUGGCCCUCACCAACCUCACCUUCGGCGACGUGGUCAACAAGGCGACGCUGUGCUCCCGCCGGGGCUGCAUGGAGGCCAUCGUGGCUCAGCUGGGCUCCGACAGUGAGGAGCUGCACCAGGUGGUCUCCAGCAUCCUGAGGAACCUCUCCUGGCGAGCCGACAUCAACAGCAAGAAGGUGCUGCGGGAGGUGGGCAGCGUGACCGGGCUGACACGGUGCGCGCUGCACGCCGGCAAGGAAUCCACGCUGAAGAGCGUCCUGAGCGCGCUGUGGAACCUGUCGGCACACAGCACGGAGAACAAAGCCGCCAUCUGCGCGGUGGAGGGAGCCCUGGGCUUCCUGGUGAGCACCCUCACCUACAAGUGCCAGAGCAACUCACUGGCCAUCAUCGAGAGUGGCGGCGGCAUCCUCAGAAAUGUCUCCAGCCUUGUCGCCACGCGGGAGGACUACAGGCAGGUGCUCCGGGACCACAACUGCCUGCAGACACUGCUGCAGCACCUGCGCUCGCACAGCCUCACCAUCGUCAGCAACGCCUGUGGCACCCUCUGGAACCUGUCUGCCCGUAGCCCCCACGACCAGGAGCUGCUCUGGGACCUGGGGGCGGUCAGCAUGCUGCGCAACCUCAUCCACUCUAAGCACAAGAUGAUCGCCAUGGGCAGUGCGGCUGCUCUCCGCAACCUCCUCACCAACCGGCCCCCCAAGUACAAGGAUGCUGCCGUCAUCUCACCGGGCUCCUGCAUGCCCUCACUCUACAUGCGCAAGCAGAAGGCUCUGGAGGCCGAGCUGGACGCCAAGCACUUGGCCGAGACCUUUGACACCAUGGAGAAGCAGAGCUUGAAGAGCCAGAGCGCCAAGAAGCCAACACGGCACAUGGAGAGCCUGGUGAAGGACUAUGCCUCCGACUCUGGCUGCUUCGAUGAUGACGAGGUGCCCAACAUCUCCACCGGCGUGGAGACAGCCAGCGCCUCUGUCCUCUCCAUGUUCCUCAACUCCUCCUUCCUCCAGGGACAGGCGCUGCCCCGGGCGCUGGCACAGAGGCGAUGCCCAGAGCCGGAGAAGGAUGGCAGCGGCAAGCAGGCUGAGCCCAAGAAGCCUCCAUUGCCAGAGGAUGACGUCUCGUUGGCCGCUGAGAAGUUGGCCAACAAGAUCUCCAGUACGGUGGCCAAGAUCGACAAGCUGGUGGAGGACAUCUCUACCAUGCACACCUCCUCAGAUGACAGCUUCAGCCUCAGCUCAGAGGACCACUGCCUGGACUGGCAGUACGGCCCAGAGGAGGUGCACGAGGCACGUGCCCAGUCCUGCUCGCCGUGCCGCCUCUCGGAUGCUGGCGGCUUCGCCAAACGGGAGAGCCUGAGCCGGGCGCACACGCUGCUGCGGCUAAAGACCGCCUACACCAGCCUGUCCAAUGACAGCCUCAACAGCAGCAGCACCAGCGAUGGCUACUGCACCAAGGAGCACAUGAAGCCCUGCACCAGAGCUGCAUUCCUGGACUACCGGGACGAGCUGCAGCGGUACCAGAAGCGGCCGAGCCGGCUCGACCUCAAGAGCAUCCUGGGCGGCAAGCCGGAGCGGGUCGAGCCCCCUCUGCUCAAGGGCAGAGACCUGGCUGAGCCGGACAAGCCGGAGCAGCGAGACCUGCCCGAACGGGCCAAGAAGAUGGUGACUUUCCCCAGCCCCAAGGCGCUGGAGAAGGAGCCCGAGUGGAAGAAGGAGGCGGGCAGCAAGGUCUCCCUCGACCCCCAGGUCCACACCAUCAAACUCUCCCCAUCCUACCAGCAUGUCCCCCUGCUUGAGAGCCUGGCCAAGGGUGGGGCGGCCACUGGCGCCGGCCACCACCCUUCGCUCCAGGGCAGAAAGCAAGCCUGGCUCCCCCCCGCACUGCUGCAGACGGCCGACACCUUGAGCAAGAUCCCGGAGAAGCUAUCUGCCCACCCACUAGCCACGGCGGAGCAGGAGUCAGUGCAGAAGUACUCAGUGGAGGACACCCCAAUCUGCUUCUCCCGGUGCAGCUCUCUCUCCUCCCUCUCCUCGGCCGACAAUGUGCUGGAUGGGCAGAGCCACAGUGAGAACGACCUGGACAGUGAUUCCUCCCUGGAGAUCCUGGAGAUGGAGGAAGGGGACAGGGAAGAUGAGGACGGGAGGCAGGAGAAGGAGGCGGAUCCGGGUUCGACCACACCAGCAGGGAUUUCCCAGCCCAUCACCAUCCCCUUCCCAAAGCGCGACAAGGCCUUCCUGCGGGAGUCAUCACCAUCACGCCAGGAGGACCUCACGCCCUCGAGCUCCUCGGAGAACUACAUCCAGGAGACGCCACUGGUGAUGAGCCGCUGCAGCUCUGUCAGCUCCCUCGGCAGCUUCGAGAGCCCCUCCAUUGCCAGCUCCAUCCAGAGUGACCCUUGCAGCGAGAUGAUCAGUGGCACCAUCAGUCCCAGCGAGCUGCCUGACAGCCCUGGGCAGACCAUGCCACCCAGUCGCAGCAAGACACCUCUCUUCGAGAUGGGCUGCCAGCCGGAGAAGGAGACCAGCCAGUUCAACAUCCAGUGGGAGAACAAUGUCAAAAAGUUCAUGGAGAUCACCGACUUCAAGGAACGCUUUCAGCUGCCCCAGGACCUGGACUCCAUGGUCUACUUCACAGUGGAGAAACCCAAUGAGAACUUCUCCUGUGCCUCCAGCCUGAGUGCCCUGCCCCUCCACGAGCACUAUGUCCAGAAGGAUGUGGAGCUCAAGCUGAUGCCCACCUUCCCGGAGAAGAACAGCCUGAAUUUCGUGGCUCAUGAGAAGCGGGAGGAGCGGCGGGAGGAGCGGUACCUGGAGGGCCGGCGGCGGGCUGACCGCCCCGAGCCCCCCGACGACGACGACAUUGAGAUCCUGAAGGAGUGCAUCAGCUCCGCCAUGCCCUCCCGCUUCCGCAAGGUGAAGACCUCCCUGCUCUCCAGCCAGGUCCUGCACCCUCAGAUGAAGAAGCCGGUGCAUGUUCCUGUCUACAUGCUGGUGCCAGCCCACACGCACUCCGGUGUUCCCAAGCACCUGCGUGCCACCACCCGCGACCUCUUCAAGGAUGACGACUCCUUCACCGACUCGGCCGACGGGACCCCCGUCAACUUCUCCAGCGCUGCCUCGCUGAGCGAUGAGACCCUGCGCUACCCAGCCACCGAGGAGGCUGAGCAUCCCUGUGGUCCAGGGAUGGGGCGCCCUGCAGGGGUCCUGCCCGAGGGGCACCACGAGGCGGGCAGCGCCAGCACCGUCCCAGCCAGGAAAGCCGCCUCUGGCAGCUCAGCACCUGCCCAGCUAAGCUCAGCCUGCAAGGGGAAAGCGGGAUUGAGUCGUGGCCAAGGCGGGGAGCGGAAGCGGGGUCAGCCCCCCGCAAAGAGCGGACCCAGCCUGGAGCUGGAGGUGGGGAGGACUGGUGGUCCCCCCAUGAGGAAGGAUGCUCCCCGGGAGGACGGGGUGGCCUUCCAGUCGCUGUGCCACACCACGCCGACGGAGGAAGCCGUCUACUGCUUCUACGAGCAGGACUCAGACGAGCUGCCCGAGGUGGGCAAGGAGGUGUCCGGCAGCAGAACCCAGCCCAGCCAGGUGCCCAGGAGGGAGCGCUGGGGCGGCCCCGUCCCCCGGCGGGAGCCCGAGCCCAGUCCCCGGCUGGCAAAGGCAAAGCCGCAGAACAACCUCAUCGCCGAUGAGACCCCGCCGUGCUACUCCCUCAGCUCAUCCAUGAGCUCCCUGAGCGAUGCCAACCUCUCUGGUGGUGAGGAGUGGGGCCAGCCCUGCGGCAAAGCCCCCAAGCCGCAGUCCGCCAGCUCCCCCAAUCUCAACUCAGAGGAUGACCUGCUGCAGAAGUGCAUCGGCUCGGCCAUGCCCAAACGCCGGCGACCCUUGGCUCGCCGGAGGACAGCAGACUGCAAGCAGAAGCCGCCGGGCACCAGUGGGAGGGAGCGGAAAGCGGAGGCGAGGCAUCGCCCCACUGAGGACGCCGGCUCUGACCAGGGCUCGGACCUGGACAGUGUGGAGUGGCAAGCCAUCCAGGAGGGUGCCAACUCCAUCGUCACCUGGCUGCACCAAGCUGCUGCCUCCCUCUCACGGGAGGCUUCCUCUGAGUCUGACUCCAUCCUCUCCUUCGUGUCGGGGCUCUCAGUCGGGUCCACCCUGCAGCUCUCCCUGGGCAGGCAGGAGAAGAAGCGAGCCAGCAGCACGGCUGGCCGGGAUGUGGCAAGGAGGGAGCACAGCAAGAGCCGCCCAGAGAGAAAGGAUGCACCAGGUGCUCGUCCCACCGGCCGCGGAAGCACCAGGGCGGAGCGAAACCCAGCACCCACCAAGCCGGUGCCCAACCUGCCUGUGGUCUUCCGUGGCAGGACCGUCAUCUACAUGCCCAGCCUGGCCAAGGAUGCUCCCAGCCCGCGGGCCACCCCGAAGAAAAGCCCCGCGGCAAAGCCCGAGGCGCAGCCAACCAAGAACCUCUCCCUGAGCCAGCAGCGCUCGCGGAGCCUGCACCGGCUGGGCAAGCCCCCCGAAACCGGGGACCUGGCGCUGCCCAAGAGGAGCACAACGCCACCCGCCCGCAUCGGCAAGGGACCCCCCUCCUCGGGCUCCUCUCGCACCUCCACCCCAUCCCAGCACGCACCCAAGAAGCUGCCGUCGCCCUCACAGCUCACCAAGCAGGGUCCCCCGGCUGCGGGCAAGGCAGGCAGCUCGCCCUCCCCACCGGGACCCCUGGCCAGAGCCCCGGCCCCCAGGUCCCCAGCCCCCAAGCAGUCCAAGACACAGAAGUCGCCCGUCCGCAUCCCCUUCAUGCAGAAGCCGAGCAGGAAGGUGCUGCCGGGCCGGGGGGCCAUGCCGGUGCUGGAGGAGCAGGUGGAUGGCGGCAAGGUGCGGGGCGGCGGGGCGGGGGGGCCAGGGGGCAGCCGGCUCAACCUGGUGCGGAUGUCGUCCACUCGUUCCAGCGGGAGCGACUCAGAUCGCUCCGGCUUCCUGCGCCAGCUCACCUUCAUCAAGGAAUCCUCCAGCCUGCUGCUGCGGCACCGCACCGAGCUCUCUCCGGUGCAGUCGGCAGCCUCGCUGCCUCGCCGCACCUCCCCGCAGCGCAGCCGCACCGCCCUCCCGGCUGUCUUCCUCUGCUCCUCCCGCUGUGAGGAGCUCAAGGCGGCCAAGCCGGCAGCCCAUGGCCCACGGCCCCUCGUCUCCAGGGCCCAGCCCAGCAACAAAGUCCCCACUGGGGCAAAACCGCCGCGGAGGACCAGCUCCGAGAGCCCAUCCCGGCUGCCAGUGAAGACCAGCAUCCCUGCGCCCGAGCCCUUCAAGAGGUACUCGUCCUCGCCCAACAUCAGCAUGGCGCGGAGGACGAGCAGCCCUUCCUCUGUCCUCUCCGUCCGCUCUGAGGCUUCGGCGCGGCGGCGGCAGACUGAGGCAGCACCGGGUGGGCAGCCAGCGAAGCCGCCGGUGGUGGUGAUGAAGGGCACCUGGCGGAGGAUUCGGGAUGAAGACAUCCCCCACAUCCUCAAGAGCACGCUGCCCUCCUCUGCCCUGCCACUGGCAGGCGCUGGCGAGGAGGAGCGACCCGGUACCCCCAGCCCCAGGAAGACCAGCGACGCCGUGGUGCAGACAGAGGACUUCUCCACCACCAAGACCAACUCCAGCACCUCUCCCACGCUGGAGACCCGCGAGGGACCCCCGCACGCCCGCACCGCCUGCGACAGCGAAGCCCCAGCCCCCGCCAAGGCCACCGUACCCAUCUCCUUUGGCCACGAGUCACCGGCCGGGACCUUCCCCGCCAGCCGGCAUGGCUCCCCGAGCAGAGCCGCCCGCGUCACCCCCUUCAACUACGUCCCCAGCCCCAUGGUGGUGACGGCGGUGGCCAACAAGGCGGUGGAGAAAAUCCAAGCUUGAGCAGCUGCCCUGGCAAGGGUCCCAUGACACCCCCUGCCCCCUGGGCAGGACCGAGCUGGAGGGGAAUGGUGACAUGGGAUGGCUGGGGAGCGGCAAGUCACCCCAACCUGCUGCCUGCCCUGGCUGGGGUCUUGUACCAGAGCACCGCAGUUCCCAGUGCCAAGGACCGGGCAGAGCCGGGGGAACCCGCUGGGUGCUGGGGCUGAUCCCCCAAGCCAGGGUGCGCCUCAGUGACCAUCUCCUCCUGCUGAUGGAUGCCGCAGCACAAGGUGAGCAGGGGCUGUGUCCCCAUGUCGCCAUGUCCCCCCCAUCCCGCUCGCCCGCCUGGGGCAGAGGCUGAACCAGGGGCUGAUCCUGCACGCCGGGAAGACGACACGCUGCGCCCCAACGCCAGGUCUCUGCCGCAUGCUUCAGCUCAUCCCGGCACCAACACCCAGCUCCGCUGGCAAUCACAGCUCAUUUAUUAACAAGGGGAGCGAAUGCAUGGCUGGAUUACAGCAGGAAGAGGCUUUGUGGAGGGAGAGCACGAGACCAUGGGGGGCCGGGACCCCCCCACUCAUGCUGCUGGAGGCUCCUAAUUAAGGUGUGCGGCUGAUUGCUAAUGGGUAACCCACAGCCGUGGUGCUUGCACUGGUUCAAGGCAGAUUUGGGUGGAAAAGGCGCAGGAGGAGCCGGGCAGGGGCUUGCUGGUGGGUGGCCGGGGUCCCAAUGGGCUCGUUCUGGGGGGCUGCUCACAGGGUCAUGUCACGGGGCUGGGGGGGCUGCCCUGAGAGGGGACAGGGUGCUGAGCUGGCACCGGGGUGCCCAACCCCCAGGGAAGGGUCUGGGGCCCCUCACCCCCAUCUGCAGCCCCCCAGCCUCCUGCCGCGGGGUGGAAGAGCCCCGUCCUGGCUCGCAGCCAGGAUCCUGGUGCAUCCCCGCGUGCUGUGGACACGAGUCCAUCCAGGACUGGAUUACACCCACCAGCACGGGGGCUCCCGGCCCCAAAGCACCAGGGUCACCCCCCUCCUGCUGCCCGCCAGCCCCCUGCACCCGGAUUGGGGUGUGUGGGAAGCACCUCGGCCCCAGGGAGCAGGAUGGGCUGCGGAGGGACCCCCCACUCUGGGUGCUCUCUGACCCCUCAGGUACCUCCUGGACCUCCCACCCCACCGCUCGCUGCCUGCUUUGGAUGGGGUGACCUAUGGGCCCCCCACAUACCAGCGCCAUGGGGGGGGUUGCAGGGACAGGCAAGGGGCUAUGGGCACACGUGGAGGGGAUGCAGGGGGUGCACAGACAUAGCGAGGGGCUCUGGGGAGUUGCACUGAGGCCAGGGGGACACCAGGGCUGUGGGGACACGCACGGGGUCCCCAGGGCCGUGCACUGGGGUCAUGCAGGUCCCAGUGCCCACGGGAACCUCUGCUCUGCAGUGGCCGGGAGGCCGCAGCCAGCGGCAGCGCAGCAGGACCCAGCCCAGCCUGGAGCUGUGAAACCAGCACCCACAUCUGCCCGAGACAGAAACGGGGCAAAGUCCCGGGGGGCGGCCCGCAUCCCCCCUCCCGAGAGCUGUAACCAAGUGCUGGACUCCUGUGUGCCAGGGUGCCGGCGUCACGCCAUGCGCUUGGCCACAGCCCCGGGUUCAAGCCCCAGUGCCCAGCCCUGCUCUUGCCCGUCUCUGCUCUGUGUGUGCCCGUCGGCUUCAGCCCUGCUCUGCCGACAAUCCUGCCGGGUUUCGCGGUGCCCUGCUCCCCCCGUCGCUGUAUGUAUGUACUAAGGAUGUUAUUUUACCGGGAUUCUGGACAGUAUUAAGAAUUAAAAGCCAA